ACGUGGUGCUGCGCUCCUUCCGCCCGCCAUUUUAGGCUGGGUCGGCGUCGGCGCCAUUAAAACGAGCGGGCGGCGGGCGGAGGGCUCGGGCCGGGGCCGCCAGCGGGGCCGGCGCCAUGUCGGAGCAGCAGUUCGCCGUGGACGCGGCCGGCGGCGGGGGCGGCCCGGCGGAGCAGCCGGAACAGCCCGAGGGGCUGCCGGGGGCCGGCGCGGGGGGCGCCGACGGGGCUGGCGGCGGCGGCGGCGGCGGGGGCGAGUCGGAGGGAGCCAAGAUCGACGCCAGCAAGAACGAGGAGGACGAGGGGAAAAUGUUUAUUGGCGGCCUGAGCUGGGACACUACAAAGAAAGACCUGAAGGACUAUUUCUCUAAAUUUGGCGAAGUUGUAGACUGCACUCUGAAGUUAGACCCCAUCACUGGGCGAUCGAGAGGCUUCGGCUUUGUGCUCUUUAAAGAAUCGGAGAGCGUGGAUAAGGUCAUGGACCAGAAAGAACACAAGCUGAAUGGGAAGGUCAUUGAUCCUAAAAGAGCUAAAGCCAUGAAAACAAAAGAACCCGUCAAAAAGAUUUUUGUUGGGGGCUUAUCUCCAGACACACCUGAAGAGAAAAUAAGGGAAUACUUUGGAGCAUUUGGUGAGGUUGAGUCUAUAGAGCUCCCCAUGGACAACAAAACUAACAAGAGGCGUGGAUUUUGCUUCAUUACUUUCAAGGAGGAGGAACCAGUGAAGAAAAUAAUGGAAAAGAAAUACCACAACGUUGGGCUUAGUAAAUGUGAAAUAAAAGUAGCCAUGUCAAAGGAACAGUACCAGCAGCAGCAGCAGUGGGGGAGCAGAGGAGGAUUUGUCGGAAGAGCUCGAGGAAGAGGCGGCGGCCCCAGUCAAAACUGGAACCAGGGAUACAGCAACUACUGGAAUCAGGGGUAUGGGAACUAUGGCUACAACAGCCAAGGGUACGGAGGUUAUGGAGGAUAUGACUACACUGGUUACAACAACUACUACGGAUAUGGUGACUAUAGCAAUCAGCAGAGUGGUUAUGGGAAAGUAUCUCGGCGAGGUGGUCAUCAAAAUAGCUACAAACCAUACUAAAUUAUUCCGUUCGCAACUUACCCUGAACAGCGGGAACUUCAUUGCAGGCCCUGUGUCGCGCUGACUUCACGAUUCUCACAGGCCCGCUCAAUGCGGACAGGGUACGAGAUGCUCACGCUCUCGAAUGCUGCCGUUUGGUAUGGUCUCUUCCAACAUCCUGUAUCAGCAUUAUAAAAUAAAAUGGAUACUUCAAGCUUUGCCUUCACUUAUUUCUUUGCUUUUAAAACUAUAUGUAAUGUAAUUUUAAUGCAUUUUUUACAGGCCCAGUAAUGGUUAAAUACGUCAGCUUACUGAAUAAUUUUAACUUUGUUCUUCUAAGGAUACAGCUUGUCUCUGGAUUUUCCAGUCUUAAUUUUAUAUUUUAUUAAUCUAUUUUAAUGCUUGCUUUUCCCAUUUAUAGACAUGGUAGCAGUAAUUGCAAGAAGUUCUUGAGCUGAAUUCCUGUUGUGUCGACUUCUCCUUAGCUUCUGAGCACAAUCCUACUAUAGUAGUUGAUGUAACCUUUUCUUCUAGUUGUAUUUUCUUAACGGAUAAGCUAAUAAUACUCUAUAGUGGGUCGGCACAAUUCCUAAACGCAACCUUCUGGGCCGGAAAGGUCCGUCCACCAGCGUAGCUUUUGGUGGUGGUUACGGGUAUCUGAGAUGUCUCGCAACAUCUGAGACUAGAAGCAUUUUGUCAGUAAAUUCACAGCUUACGAUGAAAAGCUUGCCUUAAACAUUGGCGCACAUGUGGAUUUCCAGCUCAUGGACUCUCCUGUUCAGCUUUAAUUUUAAAAAGCAUAUAUUUACAUGAUUAAUGUCGAUAUACCAUAUUUACGUAGAGUGGGACAUAGGGGUAUCUAAAAAGCAGUUUUCUGUUAAUAAAAAAGAAAGAAAAAGCUGUUCUGCCCGCUGUCAGUUGGCACAGAAUGACUUGUUCCUCUCUUUUCUUUCUCCUAGGUGCAGCAGCAGUAUUUUCUCAUGGGAAGAGUCAUUUGGGGCGGCACAUGCUGCCUGCUAAUAGCAGUUCAGACUAAUUUUUGUAUCAAGUCCAUGACGGGAAGUAAGCCGUGGGGUCCCCCUGAAGUUUAAUUGAGUGCUCAUUAAGGCAAAAUGGCUUUCACACCGUCUUAUUUCUUAACCACGAUGCUUACCGAUCGCUUUGUUUUACGCCCCUCCCUCUGUACCGUAGCGCGAGUCCUGUGUUGAAGCCCCGUGUGGCAGUGUCCUGCUGUAGUGGUGUCGGGCCGGUUUUUUAAUAAAUCUUUUUGUACGAA